AUGAAGCUCACCUGGGACAUCAACGACCCGCAGCUGCCGCAGGAGCCCAAGCACUUCGACAGCUUCCAGGAAUGGCCGGACGGCUACGUGCGCCUYGUCUACGCGCGCGAGGAGAAGAGCGCGCAGCGGCACCUCAGCGGCUGGGCCAUGCGCAACACCAACAACCACAACUGCCACAUCCUCAAGAAGUCGUGCCUGGGGGUGGUGGUGUGCGCGGGGCGCUGCGCGCUGCCCGGCGGCGCCCGCCUCCACCUGCGCCCCGCCAUCUGCGACAAGGCCCGCCAGAAGCAGCAGAAGAAAACUUGUCCAAACUGCAACGCAGCCCUAGAGCUGAUUCCCUGYCGGGGACACAGUGGCUACCCGGUCACCAACUUCUGGAGGCUCGAUGGAAAAGCAAUAUUUUUCCAGGCUAAAGGAGUGCAUGAUCACCCCAGGCCAGAGAGCAAGCUGGAGGCAGAGGCAAGAAGAAGUGCAGUUAAGAAGCAAUUGUCCCCUUCUCACCAUUCCCAGAAAAAGAGAACUCUAAACUCAGAGGUGGGAAGAUGCCAUGACAGCAGUGGUUAUAUUGGCAAUGUGCAGAAUCUGUCCUGCCUGGAAGGCCCAGACAAGGUUGGUAUCAUYGCUGACGCCAGCUUUCUAGGUCCAGCUCAGUCUUAUCCCUCCCUGCAAACUACUGAUCUCUACAAAGCUUCUUGUGACUCAACUGGCUUCCAAGAGGACCAACUGUUACUGUAUCAGAAGUGUCCUAACCCAAGGAUCUAUGUGCCUCGGCCCUGCAGCUAUGAGUUUGGAGUUCCUGCCUUCAUAAGCUCCAGCUCUUACCCAACAUUUUACAAAGAUGUGACCAGCACUGCUAUUGACGCUGAUCCUAUGAGCCUGAAUGGAUCACUGUGUCCUUCUGGGACUGUUCAAGAUAAGAGCUUCGAUAACACUGGCAGACAUCACGGACUGAAGCCAGUCUGGGGGAAAGCUGGUGGUGGAGACGGGAGUGACUAUGGACAGGUCCAAACCCACACCAGUCCUUACUACAGCGGGGAGUAUUCCUGCAGGUACGGUAACAGCACCUCUCCCCUUGCGCCACCAUUACAAACCGUCAUCACCACCACCACCAAAGUGUCCUACCAGGCCUACAAGCCAUCUGUGGUGAAAUACAAUGACAACCUCUGCGAUGUGACAAACCUUCAGAGUUAUACCCACGUGGCAGAAAACGUCUCGGGCACUAUCUAUUCAGGAAUGAAGAUUCAGGAAGACUUUGGGAUGAUAAAGUCAGCAUUGCGUUACCAGCAUGACCCAGCUCCUGCAAAGCCUGAGCCAGCGGAGAUCAUGGAGAGCUAUCGGUAUGGACAACUGCCGGUGAACAGCUAUGUGGAGCAUGAAGGGCAGGCCUUAAGGUUUGACAGUGGUGUGUACUGAGUAAAUGUUGCCUGAAGGACAGCAGAACAGCUAAAUCAAUCUGGAGAAGACACAUUCAUACUGACCACACACGUGCCAAGCCUAGAAGAUGAGGAGAAGUGAGGAAACAGCGCGCUAGAACAACUUAUACCACAAGGUGCUUUUUGAUAACUGGGCUUCUUUAAAGUGAGAAAAGAAAAAU